GUAAUUAAAAAAUGAAACCUCGGCGGGGAAAUAAAAUUUGAAUAUACGCGGCGAUUGAAUCAAAUCUGCCUGAAUAAUGAACAAACGCUUCGCUCUUGGUACAUUAUGACGAGAGAGAGAGAGAGAGCGAGAGAAGAUCACACCUCGUUCAUUAUACAGUCGUUGUCUCGAUCGAUGGAUUAAAUAUUUUUAAAAGUCGACGCAACAAACAGCAGACGAACGCUCCUCUCUUCCAGGGCAAAAAGGUUAGGUCUCUCUCAUUCCCUCUAAAUUCCAAGUCGAAAAAUGUCUCACUACCAAUAAAAGCAAUCAGCCCCGAUGAACCCGGCGAUUUCACCCGUCAUCCGCGACUUCGUCGAAGGUUUCGCCCUGGCCGACAACAAGGAUGCUCCGAGCAUCGUCGUCGACUGGAAGACCAUAGCGACGAAGUGCGCCAUCGUGGCCACCGUGUACGCGGCAGUCAUCGUCGUCCAGCGGAGGUUCUUCCCGAACCAGAGGAGCGUACGCCUCAGCGCGAGACUGAACUCCGAAAGGAGUAGCAACCGCGAGAGCGGAGACGAGCUCUGUCCGAUCUGUCUGGAAUCGCCGAGAAAUGGAGUACGCCCGGGCUGUGGUCACAAGUUGUGCGCGACAUGUCUGCGCCGAUACUUCGAGUCUUUGCAGCGAAACAAUCGGCCCAACUGCGUUAGCGGACCGCCACCGUGUCCACUUUGCCGGACACCGCUGGUAUCGUUUACCCUCACCUACGAUCAGAUUAAUUUACCGAAGUCCGACUGCACCGUAGAUCUCGAGACUGUUCAAUGGAUCGAGGAGUACAACCGGCGCAACGCCUCUGACGACGUCGUCUCCGUUGAGAAGACAAACGCAGCCGCGGCUUCUCUCACUGCUAGAAUACUCGGCUGCAACUCUAUGAUCUUCGUCAAGCUUCUCCUGGCCUCGAUCGUGCUCGGGAUUUACGCGAGAUCUUACAACGGCAAGCCGUUCGGCAUAGACCUGGUGGUCUACAGCUCGUUCCUGGUCACGGCUCUGGGGAUGACUCUGUUGGUGUGUCUCUGGCUCAAGUGCCACGACCAGGCUGAUCUGGAACCCGAUGACUGAGUCGCCCGAAAACACGAGAUAAGCCGAUACGCGCGACGCUUUCCCAACGAGCUCUUCUCGCUUUUUCGAACGUAGAUACGAGCCGAGUGUGGAAGAAUCUCGAAUAAAAACGGCAAAAAAUCGUUCGGAAA